AUGAUGGGCAUGAACGCCAAGCCGCCGUUCGGCAUGCACCCUGCCCUGCAGGAAGCCAAGUACUCCAGCCUGCACUCCAGCUCGGAGGCGAUGCGCCGCGUGUGCCUCCCGGCCCCGCAGCUCCAGGGCAAUAUAUUUGGAAGCUUUGAUGAGAGUCUGCUGGCCCGGGCUGAAGCUCUGGCGGCUGUGGACCUGGUCCCCCACGGCAAGAGCCACCCGUUCAAGCCCGACGCCACUUACCACACCAUGAGCAGCGUGCCCUGCCCGGCUACCUCUUCGCCCACCGUGCCCAUCUCGGCCCCCGCUCAUCCCCACCACCACCACCACCACCUUCCGCAUCCCCACCACCACCACGCGCACGCCGGAGCGCCCCAAGGCCUCGACGGCGACCUCCUGGAGCACCUCUCGCCCGCGCUGAUGGGGGGCCCCGAGGCCGGCGCCGUCCUGGCCGCGCAGCUCCACCCGCACGCCCACCCGCACCUGGGCGCCGCCAUGGGCCACCUGCACCAAGCCAUGGCCGUCGGCAUGGGCCCCCCGCCGCCGCCCGCCUCGGCCCCGGCCCCGAUCGCGGCGCCCCCCGCCGGCCUGUCCUGCCUGGGCGACGUGGAGUCGGACCCGCGGGAGCUGGAGGCCUUCGCCGAGCGCUUCAAGCAGCGGCGCAUCAAGCUGGGGGUCACGCAGGCGGACGUGGGCUCGGCGCUGGCCAGCCUGAAGCUGCCCGGGGUGGGCUCGCUGAGCCAGAGCACCAUCUGCCGCUUCGAGUCGCUCACGCUCUCGCACAACAACAUGAUCGCCCUCAAGCCCGUCCUGCACGCCUGGCUCGAGGAGGCCGAGGCCGCCCGCAGGCACCCCGGCGGCGCCAAGCCCGACCUGUGCGGGGCCGCCGCCGCCGCCGCCGAGCGCAAGCGCAAGCGCACCUCCAUCGCCGCGCCGGAGAAGCGCUCCCUGGAAGCCUACUUCGCCCUCCAGCCGCGGCCCUCCUCCGACAAGAUCGCCGCCAUCGCCGAGAAGCUCGACCUCAAGAAGAACGUCGUCCGCGUCUGGUUCUGCAACCAGCGGCAGAAGCAGAAGCGCAUGAAGUACUCGGCCGGCGGACACUGAGGCCGCCCACCCCACUCACCCACCCACCCAGCCCCAGGCAGCCCGCAAGAGUUGGGAAGAAGGCUGACUCGGGAAACGAAGUAAGACCGCGGGGCGGGGAGGGGAG